AUGGCUGCUCUCCUCCGCCUUGCCGUUCUCCUCCCCUUCGUUGCCCCCCUCGUGGCCGCCCUCCCUACCUCUCCCGCCCCCGUCGCGGCGCGAGCAAACCCCCACGAACCCAUCUUCUUCUCCUGGGACGCUGGCGCGGUUACCUCCUACCCCAUCCACUCCAGCUGCAAUGCCACCCAGCGCCGGCAGAUCGAGGCCGGCCUGAACGAGGCGAUCGAGCUCUCCCGGCACGCAAAGGCCCACAUCCUCCGCUGGGGCAACGAGAGCGAGAUCUACCGGAAGUACUUUGGCAACCGGCCCACCAUGGAGGCCAUCGGCGCCUACGAUGUUAUCGUGAACGGGGACAAGGCCAACGUUCUCUUCCGGUGUGAUAAUCCAGACGGCAACUGUGCUUUGGAAGGCUGGGGCGGCCACUGGCGCGGCGAGAACGCCACCUCCGAAACCGUCAUCUGCGACCGUAGCUACGCCACCCGCCGCUGGCUCCUCUCCAUGUGCUCCCAGGGCUACACCGUCGCCGGCUCCGAGACCAACACCUUCUGGGCUUCGGACCUGAUGCACCGUCUGUACCAUGUGCCUGCCGUCGGACAGGGCCGGGUCGACCACUACGCCGACGGCUACGACGAGGUGAUUGCCCUGGCCAAGAGCAACGGGACCGAGUCCACGCAUGACUCGGAGGCGUUGCAGUAUUUUGCGCUUGAGGCCUAUGCGUUUGAUAUUGCGGUUCCUGGUGUCGGAUGUGCUGGUGAAAGCCACGGCCAUGACCAUGGACAUGACACCGGGUCUGCUUCUGCGUCUGCGUCUGCGUCUAGCUCUAGCUCUAGCUCUGGCGCCACGACUACCCCGACGGAUACUCCCAGUGCCACUGUUGAUGUGCCGCCGAACUGCCAUACCCAUGAAGGUGGACAGCUUCAUUGCACUUAG